CCGUCACCCGGGCUCCCGCGGUUGCCUUGACUACGGCGGGUGCGGUGGCACCAUAGACACGGCGGACGCAGGGGAGCCGCGGAGCCGACCCCGCGAGCCCGCAGCAGCAUGAGGAGCUGGUGUCUGUGUCAGAUUUGUACCUGCGGGCAGCGCUCCUUUGGGGUCUGACUGACUGAAAAGGCGACAUCGUUGUCCGCAUGGAACCACAAGGAUUUAUGAAAACUCUGGCAUGUCUUGUCCCACAACUGAGUAUUUGGAAAAAUAUCCUACGUAUGGCAAUGUGCCUCCACCUCAGAGUCUGAAACCCAAGGAAGAAUUCAGAGCAUGUCGCAGUAAAAUGGAAGGAAUAACAACAUUUAAGUCAGAUUAUCGUCCUUAUGAAAUAGUCAAACAACCUCGCCAUGUGCCAGAAGAAUAUAAAGCAAAACAGGGAAAGAUUGAUCUUGGUACUACCUACAAACGGGAUUUUAAUUCUUAUAAAGUACAGCCUGUGGCAAUAGUCCGGCCUCUGGAGAGACAACAAGUCAAAAAAGGAAAGCUGGACACUGUCCCAACCUAUAAAGAUGAUUAUAGAGCUUGGGACAUUCAGAAAAGUGAACUCUGUAAACCGGAACAAGUUUACAAUCCCCCUACUGUGAAAUUUGGAAAUUCAACUACCUUUCAGGACGACUAUGUUCCUCAGGAGGUAAAGCCCAGGCAAAGCUUUAAGCCCAGCCCUGCGGUCACACGCCCUGCAGCCCCCUUUAACGAUGCCACAAGCCAUCGCCUGGAUUACGUACCUUACCAGCUAGAACUCAAGUCUGCAAGGCCAAAGGAAGUUUACAAGCCAUCUGACCAACCCUUCGAGGAUCUCACAACUCACCGAUAUGACUUUCAGGGUCUUGUUGGUGAAACGUCAAAAAUCUGUAGACCUGCACCCCCCAGAGUGGCCCCAAAUGCUCAGUUUGAAGGAAGCACUGAAUUCCGUGAAAGUUUUCAACCAUGGGAAAUCCCACCGCCUGAAAUCAAGAAAGUACAAGAGUACGUCCCUCCUGCGGGCACCAUGCAGUUCGACAGCACAAGCCACCUGGACUACGUUCCGCACCCGGCCAAGCGGGUUGUUCCCAUCAGGCCAGUUUCCCACAGAAGAAACAACGGUUUUCCUUUCCAAGGAAAAAGCACCAUGAAGGAGGAUUUCCCAGCGUGGGAGAGCUGUCGUCCAGGACUCAUUAGGCAGCAGCAGCAGAUUCCCAACCCAUCUGGAAAAUUUGAUGGUUUGAGCACUUUCCGAUCUCACUAUGUGCCACAUGAACUGAUUCCAACGGAGAGCUGCAAACCUUCAAAUGUUGCCUUUAAGACUUCGAUUCCAUUUGAUGACGUAACCAUGUACUCCACAGAGUAUGCGCCAAAGCAGCGGGAACUCUGCCCAGCCAGCUAUCCUUCUCCUCCAGGUUACAUCUUUGAAAACACAAAUUCCCGAGGUCACAGAUUCUUCCGCAAGAUCACUCCCACGGUGAAGGCCUUCUAACCAUGAAGUCAUGUUGAAAAGGAAGCUAACAGAAUGUUGGUUUUCCAAGGGCAAAAACAAUUUUUUUAUAGUAGAAAAAAAUUUAUGAGAGAGCUAAAACAAAUCAUUUUUAAAAUUUUUAAAUAAGAAGUCUAGAAAGUUUAUUACAGGAAAUCAGGAUUUCAAAAUCCAUUUUGUAUUGGUAUUUUAACCAAGAUUGUUUGUUUUUUAUUUUAUUAUUAAAAAAAAUUUUUUUUUCAAGGGCCGACCUUCAAUAGAUCACAGCUAGGGAGCUACUCUGCUAUGUCUGAAACCCCGACCCAGACUGUUUAAUAUGCAUUUCUGAAAGCUGAAUAAUGUACAUUCCCAUCUGAACUAUUUUAAUCCCAACAUACUGUUUGGCAGCUUGUCUCAAUCUAUUAUCAUUUGCACUUGUGUUUAUAAUGAUGACAGUUAUAUGGUUAUUCACAUACCAGUUAUCAUUUAUCAAGUGCAUUAGGACUGUCUAGAACACCACUGAAAAUGAGACGUGGAUUCUUCUUUCAAGACAACAGUAUUUUUUCCUCUCAGGCUCCAAGGCAUCUACACAACGUGGCCUGAGUCCACUGCUCCUCACCAUGCUCAAGUUAGUGAGAGGCACUUUGCCGUGACGGGUAGAGGCUUUGUGGGCCAGGAAUCAAAGCACCUGAGUUCAAGUUCCAGUAACAUCAGUUUCUCCGUGUGUGCCACCGUAGGCAAGUGACUCCUUUGAGUCUCAGUGUCUUCAUAUCUGCUCGGCCUGCCUCACACAAACUUUGCUUUGAGCGUCAGGUCAUAUGAUACAUUGUAAUCCAUAAAGUAAAAGUGCUAAACAAAUGCCAGGGACUGUUAAUAAGUCAAUCUCUUUUUGAACCUGUUUCUCCUUUUUCAAAUUAGGAUAAUUACCUACGCCACACUCACUUUCUGGCCUGUAGCAAGGAUUGUAAAAUCACCUCAUUUGCUUCGAGCUCCUGAGUAGUAUGAUUUCUGCGAAGAGUCUUGCCCUCUAAAGCUUUACAAGCCCCCGAAAAGUUGUUACAGAGAAUGGAGAGCUUGGGUAGGAGAAGAAUGUGGUUGAAUGACAGUAUCUCCAAAAAGGAAAAAGCAUUUGCAAGAAUAGUUUUACGAAUGACUGACAGCUCUAAAGAAAUCUUCAGGGUAACCUUAAGUAAUUAUGCACCUAAUUACCAUUCCCAGUCUCAGUGCAAAGAAGAAUCCGAUUCAGCAUGGGCAUAAUUAUGUCCUCCUCCCCCUCCAGUGUGAAGAUUAGCGCUAAAAAGGGAGGGAGGGAUGGAAUGGGGGCAUUAAGUGAAGUAGAACAUACUGCAUUAUCAAAUGUUGAAAAUUUCCUAACGAAUUAAACUCAUUGUUUUUUUCCUUUGAUAAAUGAUUGCAUUAUGGGAGAAUAUGAUUUAUUUUAUCAUAAAGUUUAGUCUCUUGUAGCUUUAGAAUUGUUUCAAACUAUAUACUUAAUUGAGAAUAAGGUCAUCAGCAUUUUUAAUUAUGUGGAAGUAGUUUAAUUUUAUUUACUUUCAUGGUAGUGAAAAUUACGUUGAAUUUUAUAUGUCUAUACAACACUAAUAAAGCAUCA